AUAAACUUUGGCAUUCACUCUCGUUCUCUUCUAAAACCCUGGCUCUCUCUUAAAACCUAGAAAAAAUCUCUGCAAAGAAAUCUCUCUAAUGGCGCUCUCCUCGCUGCGAGCUCGUCGAGCGCUAGGUUUAACAUCUUCUCUUCUUAAAACCCAUCGCUCAAUUUCUGCUCUCACAUCUUCAUCUUCCUCUAUUUUACAAUCCAGCAUAUUUACUCCAUCAUCAUCAACAUCAACUAAUGUUCCAAUAAACCCUAAAAAUGUUCAAUCCCAUUCGUUUCAUUCAUCAAUACCAUCUCUAUCAUCAAGAUCAUACAAUAACAACAAUUAUGAUGAUAAGAUAGGACCAGAUGAAAUUUUGUUUGAAGGCUGUGAUUAUAUGCAUUGGCUUAUUACUAUGGAUUUCCCAAAAGAUCCUGCACCUACUGCUGAAGAAAUGGUUGAGACUUAUGUUCAAACCCUAGCUGAGGUUGUUGGAAGUGUGGAAGAGGCGAAAAAAAGAAUGUAUGCUUGUAGCACCACCACAUACCACGGAUUUCAAGCUGUUAUGACAGAGGAAAUGUCAGAAAAGUUCAGAGGUUUGCCAGGAGUUGUUUUUAUCUUGCCAGAUUCAUAUAUUGAUCCAAAAAACAAGGAAUAUGGAGGAGACAAAUACAUCAAUGGGGAAAUCAUACAUCGUCCUGCUCCGGCUCACUAUGGCCGGGAGGGAGGAAGAUUUAAUCGAAAUGAGCGUCCACGGUAUGAUAGGCCAGUGCAACAAGGGGACCGACCUUAUGAUCGUCAAUCCCCUAUGCAAGGAGAUGGUAGAAACCAACCAAAUGAUCGUCAGGGAUUUACGCUAAGAGAUCCGCAAUUUGAUCGUCAGGCCCCUAUGCAAGGAGGUGGAAGGAACAUUGGGCCACAGCAAGGUUACCCACCACGACCAAAUUAUGAACAGGGAGGAAGACAACAACCAAAUUUUGGGCAGCCGAUGGCUGGGCAGCAACCAAAUGUUGAGCAGCCAAUGGCUGGGCAUCAACCAAAUACUGGGCCGCCGAUGGCUGGGCAUCAACCAAAUUAUGUGCCACCGGCAGGGCAACAACCAAACUAUGGGCAGCCAACAGGACAACCCACUUAUGGACAGCCAGCAUGGCAACAACCAAAUUAUGGACAGGCGGCAACGCAACCAAAUUUUGUGGGAGGAGCACGGGAACAAUCAAAUUAUGGUCAGGCAUCAGGUCAGCAAUCAAAUUUUGGGCAGAUGGCAGGCCAACAACCUAAUUAUGUACAUGCUCCAGUCCCAGGAGAGCGUGUAGAUGCGGGUUUUGCUCCUGCAGAUGAUAGAGGAAAUUAUGCUCCUCAGCAGCGAAGGGAGUAUGCACCAGUUGAGCAUAGGGGUUUCAGAGGGGAUGAUACGAAUUUCAGUCCAUCUCGUGGAGGAUUUGGAGGCGAGGCCUCGGGUUUUGAUCAGGGUUAUUCUGGAUCUGGAGCAGGGCAAAAAUUUUCAGCCACACAGUCAAAUAACAUGCAGGAAGAGCAAAGGGGUUACAUGGGACAACAAGGCAUGAACGGGAAUAAUACGAGGGAUCAAUGGUAGGAGGACUGAGUGACACUUGAAGAAAGUUCAGUAAUAUAAUUGAGAUAAUGGUAGCGAAUUAGAGUUUUAGCUUACAUUAAUGAUGUGCUCUUGUUCAUUAGAUGAUGGAAUUAGGAGCUUUUUGUUAUUGUUCUCAAAGUUUUAGCUUACAUUAAUGAUGUACUCAUGUUCAUGAGAUGAUGGAAUUAGGAGCUUUUUGUUAUUGUUCUCAAAUCUCAACUGCUUUCAGUUGAGCUAAAACUGUCAGGGGGAGAGUUUCAUCAGGUCCUUAUUUAGCUUGCUUUGGAGUUUGGGUAUGAGAGAAAAACUUCCAGAGAUAAAUUCAACUGAAAUCAUUGUAUAUUUUGAAACAGUUGAAUGGUAAUGUAUAAUGUGAGAGUUUGGUUAUUAUCA